AUGUGGGAGGUACUGAAGGAAGCAAAGGUCAAGAAGAAGGACCUGAGUGUGGUAUGGCUUGACCUGGCUAACGCUUACGGAGCGGUACCCCAUGUUCUGAUUGCCAGGGCCCUCCGUUUCUACAACGUCCCCGAGAAGGUUAUCAAUAUUAUCCUACGGUACUUCUCCGGGGUAUUCGGAAGGUUCUCCUCAAGAACGGUGACAUCAGACUGGCAGCAGUUUGAGAUAGGAAUCUUCAUGGGGUGUGUGAUAUCAGUCAUCUUGUUUGUCUUGUGCAUGAACCUUGGGCAUGAACACCUAAAGUCUAAGGUUCCGAGAAGCAUUGAGUACAUCAAGGAUGACACACCGAUACCAACUCUGAAGCUGUUUAUGGACGAUAGCUGUCUGACGACCGCACGUGCAGAGGAUAUGCAAACGUUACUCAAUGUGUUUCAGAAGUACGUGGACUGGUCCAGAUUUAAGUUAAAGUCCUCCAAGUCCAGAGCACUGGUGUUGAAGAAGGGAGUGGCUGUGAGGUGGGGUGAGGAGGUAGUGGUAGGAGAGGAGGAGGUGGAGAGAGAAGAGUUGUGUUUGCAGUUGGGUGGUGAGGUGAUUCCGAAUGUGUCAGAGAAGCCGAUAAAAUUCCUUGGGAGAUGGAUAAGAGUGGAAGGAAAUGACAAAUCAGUCAUCGACUCAACCAAGGUCGACCUUAACACUUUUCUUCGGAGACUCGAUGAAAGUUCCCUUACUGGACUCCAGAAGUGCUGGGGAUAUCAGUACAUGGUCCUUCCAAAAAUGAAGUGGCCUCUUGCCAUCUAUGAUAUUCCGAUCACAACAGUUACCAGAUGGGAACAGAAUACCAAUAGUUUCCUCAGGAAGUGGUUAGGGGUGGGGCACACUCUGAGUGGUCUUUGUCUGUUCAGUCAAUCAUCCAGUGUGGCCUUACCGGUGAGCAGUUUGACAGAUACAUGGAAGAUAGAGAAGUGUCGACUGUUGCAAUCCUAUCAGACAUCUAAGGAUGACCUGAUUAAAGCAGUCCAGCCCCAAGUUCGUUCUGGUAGAGUUUGGAGGCCUGAGACAGAACUGGAAGAGGCCAGAAGAGAUUUGGUCUGUGAAUCGGUGCGAGGGAUGGUGCAACCUCAAAAAAGAGUUGGCAUCGGUUUUGGUGACUGGAAAAAAACCUUGGGAGAGGAUGGAUGA